UCUGCAGGUACUCUGGCGCGGUGGUGAAACGGGAGUCCGGCGCGAGUCCGCUCAUAUUGAAGCGAUGCCAGAGGUAACCAAGUACAAUUUAGUGGAUGACGCGCAGGAUUUGAGGAUCCCCAUGCACAACGACGAGGUGUUUAAGCAUGGGGUCUGCUUCGAGGCAAAGUACAUUGGCAGUUUGGAGGUGGGCCGCCCUGGGAGCCGCAUGGAGAUAGUUGCUGCAAUGAGGAGAAUCAGAUAUGAAUUCAAACUGAAGAAUAUAAAGAAAAAGAAGGUCAACAUUGUCAUAUCUACUGAUUUUGUCAAAGUGAUUAUGCGCAAAAAGAGGAAGAGAAAAGGAUGGUCAUGGGAUGACGAUACGAUCUUAGUCACAGAGGAUCCCAUCUACAGGAUCUUCUAUGUCUCACAUGAUGCCCAAGACUUGAAGAUCUUCAGUUACAUAGCGAGGGAAGGACAGAGCAACAUUUUCCGCUGCAAUGUGUUCAAGUCAAAGAGGAAAUCACAGGCUAUGAAGAUCGUGCGAACGGUGGGGCAGGCGUUCGAUGUGUGUCACCAGCUGACCCAGCAGCAGAAAAGUGAUGACCAGGAGGAUGAGGAGGGGAAGGCGGAGGAAUCGGAGGCAGUGCCAGCAAAGAAGAGGUUUGCGUUGUCAGAAGAGACCGACCUUGAAGCCACUACAGAGGAGAGCAUCGAGUGCGUCUCUUCAUCCGACCUGGAGAAGAGUAAUGAGAAGGUGUCUGGUGGCCCGUCUCUCUUGCUGGGCUCCCCCAUCCUUGGGGCCUCUGUGUCGGGUCAGUCGGCAGAAGCGGAGCUCCAGGUCCAGCUCCUCCAGAAACAACUGCAGCAGCAGGAACAACAGGCACUGGCAGCUUCAGAGCAGGUCCAUGUCCUCCAGGAGCAGCUGUCGGUGGAGGUGUGUGCGCGGACUGAAACCCAGGCCAGAGUGCAGAGGCUGCUGCAGCAGAACACCGACCUGCUGCAGCACAUUUCCCUUCUGGUCAAACAGAUCCAGGAACUGGAGCUUAAAGCUGCCGGCCAAUUAACAUCUAUGGGCUCCCAGGACAGUCUUCUGGAGAUCACUUUCCGCCCCAAGCCCCCCAGCUCUUCUUCAUCCACGGGCCCUUUGGCAGCUCCAUCCCAGGUCCAGAUGAGUGACAGUCCCUGGGUCUCCGCCCUCCUCGAGCCCUGCUCUCCAGGCACUUGGGGCACCGACACCAGCCCUCUGGGGCUCAGCACUGGAGUUCGGCUCGAGUGCUUCCGCUUCUCCUCCCGCGGGCUGGACAUCCAGGAGCAGGGCCAGGACACAGGGGAGACUCCCAGCGACGGAGCCCCGGAUGAAAGCUCGCCGCUCGGGGAGCAGAUCUUGGGAGCCCUGGAGCUGCUCCGGUUUAGAGAGUCAGGGAUCGGAUCGGAGUACGAAUCAAACACAGAUGAGAGCGAUGACCGGGACAGCUGGGGUCAGGGGGAGGGAGCGGGGUCUGACGGCGCAGCUCGACUUUUAAACGUGCUGAACACAGAGUGUCUGCCGGACUCCUUGGGAGAUGAGGUGGCUGUGUAGUGGUGCUCUUGACGCUGCACAUUGCACCCACGCACCAGCCCAAUGGGAAACAGAUGAAAUUCGGAAUCUGAAGGACUUCAUGUAUUGUGACAUCAAUAAACUGCUCACCUCCUGUUUGGAGUUGAGGGCGAGAGAUGCAGAACGUGUAACUGAAUUGAUAAAUGUGCUCAUAUAAUGUUUAAGGUUCCAACAUCCCUCCCCCCAAAAGAAAAACAAUUAGGUGUACUUCUAGAAAGGGAUUUGGCCCAGUGCAGCCUUAUUCAGAUGGUAUAAACACUGCAGUGGUUCAGGCUCCGCCUCCCUGUAAACCUCUGCUGUCUGUUAGUAUGUGCGUUACAUAUGUGUGUGGCAGUUUGAUGAUCGUUGUACCUUACAUCCGUUUGGUCUCCUGACUCGCCAGGCUUGUUACACUGUGGUUGUGUCUGUGUUCAUGGAGUUGUGACAAAUCCGGCUUGAACGUGGUCGUUUAUUCUGUUUUCAAAGGAAGAUCUGUGAAGAGAAGACCCUUUUGCCAAGUUGGUCUGGUUAUGCAAACACAUUUUAUUGUGUGAAAAUUAAAACCGUAAUGCUUGCAAUGACGUGUUAUCUGUAAUUACACGUGGGUUAAAAAAUGAAUAUGUAUCUCUGUCUAUUUUUCUCUUUUCAAUACAUUGUAUAUCGUUUCAUUAACUUAUAUGCAUCGCACAGAAUGCAUCCCAUGAUUUAAUUCAUUCUGUAGUGUUUCAUAUUAUUAAAAGCUUUCUGACUGGG